AUGACUUCUGAAGACUAUACCGUCACUGAGAGCAGCUCUGUGCACCUAGAGAGAGGGCAGAAAAGGCACGAUUCUGGCUUCCAGUUUGAAACACAUCACGAAGGGUCACUUCGAGUUCCUAUUCCUUGUGCCGUCCUGACCGUGUUCCUCAUCACGACGUUAAUCAUCGCUCUCGUGGCCUUGUUAGUGGGUCAGUACAAUUGUCCAGACCAGCCUAAGUUCUCCAUGUCAUCAGAUGUCCAUGCGUCCUCCUGCUCAGACGACUGGGUCGCACACCGAAGGAAAUGCUAUCUGUUUUCCACUACCACAAAUAGUUGGACCUUGGCCCAAAACUCUUGUUCCAAACAUGGUGCUACUCUUGCUGUGAUCGAUUCUGAAAAGGACAUGAUCUUUCUCAAGCGAUAUGCUGGCAGAAGUGAUCACUGGAUUGGGCUACAAAAUGCAGCUGGAAGGAUGUGGAAAUGGUCAAAUGGCAAAGAAUACCACACCUGGCUCAAUUGGACAGAAUCUGAGAAGUGUGCGUUUCUGAACAAUACAGACGUGAACAGUGCUCAGUGUGAGAAGAAAUUACACUGGAUCUGCAGCAAGCCCUCCAGAUAACACGAGAACAUAUUGCUUUCACGGACAUUGUACUGCGCAACCAAAGUUAUGUGAAUGGAUGCUGCUCUUUAGGCUAAAAAAAAGGAAAAGUCCCUAAAGACUUCAUGAUCCAACUUUGCAUCAUCAGCCUGAAAAUCUUC